AUGGCAAGCCUGAUGCAGCAAGAAAGUGAUGCAACAAUCUCAUCGACGAUUGGAGGUAGCAACCGCAUCAUAGCCGUCAACGUGAUCCCUUCUAACAACCCUCCUCCACCGUCUGAUUCCGAUGGCUCCUCAAAAAUCGAGAAACCUGGGUGGAAAAAGUUCCUGUCACAUGUGGGUCCUGGUAUGCUCGUUUCAAUGGCUUACAUAGAUGGUGGAAGCUUGGAAACUGAUCUGAAAGCUGGAGCUAACUAUGGAUAUGAGAUGCUGUGGUUGGUACUUCUUGGAAUGAUAUUUGCGCUUGUAAUUCAAUCAUUGGCUGCAAAUCUUGGCGUAACCACUGGAAAACACCUUGCAGAAAUAUGUAAAGCUGAGUAUCCAUUAUUUGUCAAGUACUGUUUAUGGUUAUUGGCCGAGCUUGCUGUCAUAGCUGCAGACAUACCUGAUGUGCUUGCCACAGCCAUUGCGUUGAAUCUACUUUUCAACGCCAUUCCAUUAUGGGCAGGAGUUCUGCUGACUGGCGGUAGCACUCUCUUUUUUCUUGGACUUCAGAGAUAUGGGAUAAGGAAGCUGGAAUUGGCCAUAGCUAUCUCAAUUUUGUUAUUGGCUGCGUGUUUCUUUGCGGAAAUGAGCUAUGCGAAAGUCAGUACUUCUGAUGUAUUAAAGGGAAUGUUUGUGCCCAAACUCAGUGGUAACGGAGCCACAGGCAAUGCUAUUGCCCUUUUGGGUGCCCUUAUCAUGCCGCAUAACCUUUUCCUUCACUCUGGCCUUGUGCUGUCUAGAAAAGUAUCCAAUUCCGCGAAUGGUGUCAAGGAAGCACGUACAUACUUUCUCAUAGAGAGUGGGUUUGCACUAUUUGUGGCAUUCUUAAUACAAGUUGCAAUGGUUUCUGUGCCGGCUGCUGUUUGCUCCGGUAGCAACCUUUCUGGAGAAGAUAGUGAUAAUUGCAAUAAUAUUACCCUUAAAUCUGCUUCUUUCCUUCUCAAGAGUGUGUUGGGACGGUCGAGCAAGACCAUUUAUGCCAUAGCACUGCUAGCUUCAGGACUAAGCUCUACUAUCACCGGAACCUGUGCAGGGCAAUACAUCAUGCAGGGUUUCUUGGACUUAAAGAUGAAAGGCUGGAUUAAGAACAUGGUGACUAGGGGUAUUGCCAUAAUACCUAGUCUUGUUGUCUCCAUCAUUGGUGGUCCUUCUGGGUCUGGUCAACUUAUCAUCAUUGCAUCGAUGGUCCUUUCUUUUGAGCUUCCAUUCACUUUAAUUCCACUCCUUAAGUUUAGUAAUAGCAGUGCCAAGAUGGGAACUCAAAAGAAUUCUAUGAUUGUUAUUAUCAUCUCAUGGAUAUUAAGUGCGGGGAUGUUCGCUAUCAAUAUGUACUUCCUCAGCACUGCUUUCGUGGGUUGGCUAAUUCAUAGUAGUCUACCAAAGGUGGCAAACGUGUUAAUUGGGAUCGUAGUAUUUCCUUUCAUGGCAAUCUAUGUUAUUUCAAUUAUCUACCUAACCUUCAGGAAAGACACUGUAGAAACAUAUAAGGAGAGGAAGAAUGACUUAGCAAUGCAAGACCAUGUAGAAAGCGGAAUUCAAAAUGCUGGUCAGUUAGAGUUGAACCAAGCUCCUUAUAGAGAAGAUUUAGCUGAUAUCCCAUUUCCCGAACGUAGGACUUAG